AAAUUUUGCCGAAGGGCGACUGAUGUGCACGUAUGAAGCAAUCAUGUCAACAAACUGUAGUCUGCUCAUUAGUGUAGCGUAUACAGGAAGUUGGCCAACCAAUUUUCCGGGUUUGGUCACGUGACAUUCCGCGUGUACCAAUUAAGACAAAAAAGUGAUGCAUUUUUAAUUGUACACUCCCCUUUUAACUUGGUGGUAGUGAUGAUGUAGAUGAUGAUCAUGAGGUCCAUAAUGGAGAAAGUAAAAGGAAUCCGAAGAUUGCGUGAGGACGAUCGUUGAUGAGGCGAGUUUAAAAUGACAAUUAGGAGGAUGACGGUGAAUGAGUUGUGAAGCAGCUUCCUCUCUCUCUGUGUGUGUGUGUGUGUGUGUGUGGUACGCGUGCGCUCUGAAGGAGUCUUCCUCAGCUUGCGCGUCAGAGCCACUGAAGGAGUCUUCCUCGGCUCCCGCAUCAGCCUCAUCACGCACGCCUGACACGCGCACGUCUCGAGCCAAGACCCAGGCGGGGCGCUUUUACGCGCGGAGCUUUACGCACCGGCAGUCCUGAUGGACGGCGACACCCUGAACCAGCUCGGCGCCGAGGCUUCUGGAGCCAACUCGAGCGAGGACCCCGGCGGCGGCGGCGGCGGGGAGUGGAGCUCGUACGCGGCCGUGCGCGGCGUCAUGACCACGGCGUACACGCUGAUCGUGCUGGUGGGCGUGCUGGGCAACGUGACGCUGCUGAAGAUCUUCGUGAGCACCAGCGCCAUGAGGAGCGUGCCCAACAUCUUCAUCAGCAGCCUGGCGGCGGGCGACCUGUUGCUGCUCGUCACCUGCGUGCCGGUCGACGCCUUCCGCUUCUUCUCCGACGACUGGAUGCUCGGAGAGGCCGCGUGCAAGCUGCUGCCCGCUGUGCAGCUCACCUCCGUCGGCGUGUCCGUCUUCACGCUGACCGCACUCAGCGCCGACAGGUACAAGGCCAUCGUGAAGCCCAUGGACAUCCAGACAUCCAGCGCCAUUUUGUGGACGUGCUUGAAGGCCGCCGCCAUCUGGCUGUUGUCCGUUCUGCUUGCCAUCCCCGAGGCCGUCUUCUCCCAGGUCGUCUCCAUGCAGGGUCAGAGGGGCACCGAGAACGUGACCUUCGCCAACUGCGUGCCGUACCCUCUGUCCGAUCAGACGCACCCCAAGGUCCAUGCUGUCAUACUCUUCCUGGUCUACUUCCUGUUCCCGCUGACCGUCAUUUCGGUGUACUACUACCACAUUGCGCGUACGCUCAUGCACAGUGCGCAUGACAUGCCGGGCGAGGUCAGCGAGCACACCAAGAGACAGAUGGAGACGAGGAAGCGCUUGGCCAAGAUCGUGCUGGUGUUUGUGGCUUUGUUUGCUGUGUGCUGGCUCCCCAACCACGUCCUGUACCUCUACCGCUCCUUCCGCUACCAGCAGGUGGACCUGUCGCUAGUGCACCUGCUGCUAACGCUGCUAGCUCGCAUCCUCAGCUUCUCAUCGUCCUGCGUCAAUCCGUUCGCGCUCUACCUGCUCAGCGACAGCUUCCGGCGACACUUCAACAGUCAGCUGCGAUGCGGCAAAGUGCGUCCUGACCGUCAGGCGAGCUACCAGCACAGUACAUCACACAUACGUCUGACCUCCAUCAAAAGGGCCACGCCCACCAUCGCCAUGGGCAACAGGCAGGAAGUGUGACCAGCAGGCAGCAGGAUAAGGUCACGUGACUGCCGGCUUCGCUCAGAAGAAGUGUUGUGUGAUGAAGUGUUACUUAACAAACUCAUCAAUUCAUUUGGAUUCAUUUGAAAGUUUGACGCAGGAACAGAUGAAUUCACUGGCUCAUGUUUGUGUGAGUGUCGGCAGGCAGCCAUCUUUGUUUGGUGAUGUCCCUGUGACGUGUCAACUGUAAUAAAAGUGCACAAACUCUGUGUGUGCUCUAAAGGAUCUCACUGAGCAACUCUGAAAUACUGUACUUUUUGUCUUUUUUUUGUCAUUGCAGCAGUGAAAAGUUGAAUUUGAAAGGAUGGUGAUUUUCAUGCAUGUUUAAGAACUUGAAAAAAUAUUUUUUUUUCAAAUGUACUGGGCGCUGGCGUAUUGAUGGAACUGGAUAACAGGGUCGUGACGUCAAUAACCUAACCCACUCCACCGUCGGGCCAGGUAGCACCCGCAAGCCCAAGAGGCCCAGGAGCAGACAAGGGGGCGGCCCCGGCCCCACGCCACUCGGCCGGGGGGCCCAAUAGGGGUGCGGAGACAGGACCGCCAGACACCCACCGCAGU